AUGAAAGUUGCUUAUUUAGCUCAAUAUGCUUGCGAGACUUACUUGCAAUCCUUGUGGCUAACGAGCUGGUUUGGCUCCAGCUCCAGCUCCAGCGGUGGCGGCGGUGGCAGCAACAAGCAAAGGGACGCCGACGUUUACACGCUACAACAGUCGCAUAAAUUUCCGCUUCAAUUGGACGUGUACGGCGGUAAUUGCAGCUUUGAUUACCAACAACGCGAGCAGCCAUCCGGCCAUUACCAGCAACACAACAGCAGCAGCAGCAACAAGCAGCAGCAACAACAAAAGUCAAGCGCAGCAGCAUCAACAACUCUAAAGCAAUCAACACUUUCAAUACAGCGCCAAGGCUUGAAGCAACAAAAACUUUUUAAAAUCUCAACGAAUAUUUACGAAACGCAAUUCAUUGAAAGUUCAGCGGCUACAACAAUGGACGACAUGGUCUAUCAGCAAUGCAGCAAUCAAAACUCCAUUUAUGUGCUUAAUGCAGCUGGCUACGGCCACGACUUUGGUGCAGCGGCGGCAACAAGGCGUGAAAUGAAUGCGAGGACAACAAACAGAGGAGCGAACGUUAGCAAUUCAAUAGGGGCUAGUUUGAGCUCAAGUGUGGUGGCCUGCAGUUUGCAGCAUAAAUUCAAAAGUUUUGGCACAUCAACAGCAGCAACUGCUGCGGCGGGAGCUACAAUAAACUACGUAAAUCCGGUCGCUACAUCAAUGUCAACCACAAUGUGUUCACCGGCAACAGCAACGCUGCACAAAUUGUUCAAUUGCAGCAGCAGCAGCAGCAGCAGCAGCAGUGUUGGUGGCCAAAAUGUCAGCCACAGAAAUCAGCAGCAGCAGUUGGCAUUGCCGCCGCUGCUUGCUGGCAGCAGCAAAAAAAAAUGCACGAAUGUCAAAUCAACGCUUAUUGCCAAGAAGACAAAGUUUUUGAAAUUCCUCGAAGAAGAAAAAUGGCGCAGCAACAACAAUUUGAACGCAGCCACACACAGCAGCAACAGCAAUGAGGCGGUUAUUUACACAGCGUCCACUUCGCUGGCGGCUCACUCAUCCAGCAAGACUAACAACAACAACAACAACAACAAUAACAGCAGCAACAGCAACAGUCAAGAGUCAACGUGGCAGCAGCAACAAAAUAAAUUGAACAAUUGGAGCAUGCAUAAUGACAACAACAAGUUCCAACAGCAACAACAGCAACAAGAGCAACAACCAAGAUAUAGUCAUGAACUAUAUCAGGAGGCAGCCGAAAUUUUGGGCCUAAGCUGCAGCCUCUGUGAUAAUUGCCGCUGCUUGGAUUGCCAGAGCGGCUACUUUGAUUGCGCCGAUGAUGAUGACGAUGAAAGCUACUCGGAGCAAUCAUUCAUGGAUGAUGAGUACGAUGAAUAUGACUAUGGCUACAGUUACGGGCAGCAGGAGCAGCAGCAGCAGUGCGAACAGACCAAAGUGUUGACAGCCGAAGCUUCGGCCUUAAGCCAGACUGAGCCAGCAUCAGAGCCAGAGCCCCAACAGCUUUGUUAUGCAAUUGAUUGCCAGCAGCAGCAGCAACAGCUAGAGCAUGAUAAGAUCUAUGCUGGCCACACCACUACACUGACUGCAAAUGAGACGGAAUUUGAGGCAGCAAGCAAUGCCACGGCCAGCUCAGAACAAGAGUCUGUGCAAUGUGUGGCCAUUGAUUUUGAUUUAAUCAACAUAACUAGCAGCCAAGUGCUGCAAAAUUGUCAAACAUUCAACGAUUUGAAGUUUGCUCGAAGCCAAACGUAAACUGCAGCCAUUCACGUAAGCAGGGCAAGUCGUAAACACAACAGAGAAAAAUCAACUGAAAUAUGCAUUAGAGUAAAUAAAAUGAAAAUGAUAUAAAAUUUGUGUCACUGGCGUGACAGAAAAUUGCAGCUAAUUAAAUUUAAAAAUUAAACAAAGCGCGUUAAUUGCAUGUGACACUGUAAACAGUGCAUGCAAAUAGUACACACACACACACAUACACGUAUCCAGACAUGUGUAAACAGUAGCUCCAUUGAAAAUUCAAACUACCAUAAAAUAAAAACCAAAU